AUCUCAAAACUCAAGUAAGAGCUCGCGAGAACAGGAAAAAAGCGAGAGAAGGAGCCCGGAAGUGUGGCGGCAUUGGAGGCCGAGUCGCGUCGCCGUCGUUCCUGGAGGUCGCUGGCGGGAUGUUGCCGACCCGGCUGAAAGCACAAACAGAGGGGAAGCUUGCAAAACAGAUUUGCAAAGUUGUGUUGGAUCAUUUUGAAAAGCAGUAUUCCAAAGAGCUUGGAGAUGCCUGGAAUAAAGUAAGGGAUAUCCUAAUAUCUCCCUCAUGCUGGCAAUAUGCUGUCCUGCUCAACAGAUUCAAUUACCCUUUUGAAAUGGAGAAGGAUUUACAUUUGAAAGGCUAUCACAAGCUCUUUGAAGGAUCUUUUCCCUACUCUCCUAAGUCCAUGAAGUGUUACCUUAGCAGAACUCCAGACCGGAUGCCUUCAGAAAGACAUCAAAUUGGAAAUCUGAAAAAAUACUAUCUUUUAAAUGCUGCUUCUCUUCUCCCAGUACUGGCUCUGGAAGUACAGGAUGGGGAGAAGGUCCUGGAUUUGUGUGCUGCUCCUGGUGGGAAAUCAGUAGCGCUACUACAGUGUGCUUAUCCAGGUUAUCUUCAUUGUAAUGAGUAUGAUAAUCUGAGAUUGAGAUGGCUAAAGCAGACAUUAGAAUCUUUCAUCCCACAGCCCGUGAUAAAUGCAAUUAAAGUGUCUGCAUUGGAUGGCAGAGACAUAGGAGAAGCUCAGCCUGAGAGGUUUGACAAGGUGUUAGUUGACGCUCCAUGCUCAAAUGAUCGAAGUUGGUUGUUCUCUUCAGAUUCACAAAAGGCUGCUCACAGGAUAAGGCAGAGAAGGAGUUUGCCUAUUCUACAAAUGGAACUCUUGAGGUCUGCAAUUAAGGCUUUACGCCCCGGAGGGUUACUUGUGUACUCUACAUGCACACUUUCCAAGGCGGAAAAUCAAGAUGUAAUCAAUGAAAUUCUAAACUCCCACAGUAACAUUAUUCCUAUGGACCUUAAAGGAAUAGCAAGGACUUGCUUGCAAGACUUCACAUUUGCUCCCACUGACCAGGAAUGUGGGCUGUUGGUGAUUCCAGAUGAGGGCAAAGCCUGGGGCCCAAUGUAUGUAGCCAAACUAAAGAAAACAUGGAGUAUAGCCAAAUGGUGACAUGAAUUUUUAAAACAUGUUAAUAUAUUAUUAUAUUUAUUAUCCUGCAAUCUUUAUAUGUUAAUAUUUAAAUAAUCUUACAGCCAUUUUUCUUGUUUGGAAUCCCUUGUAGUUAGUACACUAGAAUGCAGACUUAAGAUUUUUUCAGGUGGAUUUUCUUAGAAGUCUAUGUGUAGCAAUGAAUUCAGGUGGUGCAGAUGGUGUUUGUUUUAUAUAAUAAAUCUGCUGUCUUUUACUUGACAUUUUAUAGUUAAAUUAAUCAAGGAUACAAGGUGUAGUACAUAAAAAUGCUAAGAAAUUUAUUCUCUCCGCAGUCUUAGGGCUUUGAAUGUUUAAGAAUGCACAAUUGCCAAUACCCUUAGCAUUUUUCUGCUUAACAGAGUUACAGAUUCUUUUAAGAGUUAUUCCCUUUUUCAUUGUUAAGAACUGAUUGUUAUUCUGUGACUAACUUCUUAGCCAUAGCAUUGCUAGUUCUAGCAAAAUGGGUUUCUUAUUUGCCAAGUUGCUUUCUGUUAAGAACAUCUUCUACAUAAGCAAAGGUCGGUGGUUCUAUUGACAUCAGCUUUAGUUCCCCCAUGUUUUUUGUGUGUCAGUAUUCACAAAUCCAAGUUGAAAGGGUAAAUUAUGUUGAGAAGGAUUGAAUAUAGCAGAUUCACAUGCACAUUCUUGGCUUUCGACAUUCAGCUUGUAAAAUAAUGGAGUCUGUCCAGCAGGCUAUAGAGCAAGUUCUUGAGACCAAACCAGGAUGAUUAACAACUGCAGUAACUGAAGUAUAUUUGGAGAGUUUUCUUGCAUCACUGUUGGCAUAAUGAACAUCACAGAAUCUGAUUCUCUUACAGUUGCUGUCUACAGGGGUUUUUUAAUUUCACUCUGUUAUAAGAUGGUUUAUGAGGGUAUGAUGUUACGUAUUUGUGCACAGGAAGGAGAAACUGAAUAAGGGUGGAUUCUGCUAUUACCUUACGCAGUAGCAUUUACUGAAUGUCCCUCUAUUUACAUAUAUUCUGGGAAUAUUAUAUAUAUUUUCCCCAGAGUGGUUAGGGCUUUGCUUCAGGUUGAGAUCAUGUGUUUAUGUGUUUUUUGCAGAAAUGGCUUCACUUGGAUCUAAGCAUAAUUUUCUAGCUUUUAAGGAAAACUGUGUAACAUAUUUCGAAAGACUGUGUCUGUUUAGAAAUUAGAUUUUGUAAUUUAAAAUAAAUUCUGAUUAUAAAAAUUUUGUUUACUGAAUGUUUUCAGUUGCUCACUGUGUUCUAUGAAUUUUAUGUAGACUAUUCAUUAAUUUUUUAAGUAAACUGGGCUCAUAUAACUGGGAUAACCUAGGACAGUUUUUUUUCUAUACUCUCAUUCUA